AGUUCAGAAGAGGCGACCUGCCUUAUCCAUUGGAGCACGGGCGCCUGCUCUCUGCUUCCAAGGAGCCGAGCUAGUAGGAAGCCAUGGCUCCCUCCACCUCCACCUCCACCUCGCCGAUGUCUCGCCUCCUCCUCCUCAGCUUGCCGAAGUCCAACGCCAGGCUCCCACGCCUCUCUCGCCCACCGCCCUGCCAGGACACCGGCAAGAACCCCAGCGCCGGCCUCGUCCUCCGCCGGCGCGAGGCCGCGGCCGCCGUGCUGUCCACCGCCAUCCUCUCCCGCUUCCUCCUCCCCGCGGUGGCGGAAGCCGCGGCCGGUGGGGAGUGCCCGCUCGAGGUGUCCCCCUCCGGGCUCGCCUUCUGCGACCGCGUCGUCGGCACCGGCGCCGCCGCCGAGCAGGGCCAGCUCAUCAAGGCGCAUUACACGGGGAGGCUGGAGGAUGGCACGGUGUUCGACAGCAGCUACAAGCGCGGGAAGCCGCUCACCUUCCGCAUCGGCGUCGGGGAGGUCAUCAAAGGUUGGGAUCAGGGGAUAGUAGGCGGCGAAGGGAUCCCGCCCAUGCUCGCAGGAGGUAAGCGGACGCUGAAGCUGCCGCCGCAGCUGGCCUACGGCGAGAAGGGGGCGGGGUGCAGAGGGUGGGAGCCCACCUCCUGCGUCAUCCCGCCCAACUCGACGCUCCUCUUCGACGUCGAGUACGUCGGCAGAGCCUUCAGCUGAGGUCUCCAAACGCACACGCGCGGACGGCGCGGUGGAUCAACACGCGAGGUCAGGGCGUCAGGCAUGGUCGACGCCAAGAGACCUAGAUAAAAGUUUGUGUUUUUUGUACUACCAACCGACUAAAUGGAGGCGUGCUUGGUGAAGUGUAUGCACGGCGAAAAUGCAUGUAGAACGAACGGGUUGAAACAAGUAAUGAGCUUUUCAUUUCCCGUCAA